GUUAGAGAACAUUCUUAUAAAAAUGCGCUACAAUGCUCAUCAAACGACGUGGCAUGAAAAGGGAGGAUCAAUUUUUCCUCUUGCUUAGAGCGACUUCCACUACCAAGCCAAGAUGAACACAAUAAUUCUGGCCCUGGAAGGUUUGAUACUGGUAACUUGCUUUUUCCGAGCAGUGGAUGGUUUUUCACCUUACAUGACAAAGCCCAAGGGCGAUGUAAGUGGCCCUGAUGAUCGUCAGAUAAAGGUAAAAAAUGAAUUAUGAACAAUUGUAGUUCAAACAUUAACUUGACAUAACUUAAUGCAAUCAACGAUUGGCCUUAAAAUUUGCUUGAGCUAAAGUAAUGGUUAACCAAUGUGUUGAACAUUCUAAACGAUAACGGCGAACUGGUGAAGUGGUCAAGGCCAUCGUAAGCUGUAACGUACUCAUUAAAGCAUAAGUAUCCCCUCAAAUUUUUUUUUAUUUUUGCUAAAAUGGUUUGUGGUGCCUGAUUGUUAUAAUCCAUUUGUUCUUAUUUUAAAGCGAGUUUCUGGCCGCCGACUCAGCAUUGUUUUCUUGACUAUUUACAGUAUGUAAAUAUCUCGUGUACUUUUGAGUGUACUUUUUUGAAAGACAUCCCCAUUUCAGUUUGAAGUCCCGCAAAGAAUUAUAAGAGUGUGCUGUGACAGAUCAUUGUCUUCGACCAAUCAUGGAGCACGGAGUAUUUAUCUGUUUGAGUCACUGCAUCCCCAUUAAACCUGCAUUAGCCAUUUUUUGUCAGUCAAAUAUUAAGAGCUAUUCUGUUUUGUUUCAGCUAGAAAACUGGUGCCAUCUUCCAUUUAUCUAAAACCUCCCGCUUUCUAGAUAACACCAAAGUUUUACCUUUCGUUAUGGAAUUUACCUUUUUCCUGACUCACGUGACUCACCCUGAAACUGUUUUAUCGUCAUGUUCGAAUGCCGGACAUUUCUCGUUAAUUUUCAAUUAUCUGUAUUAUUUUCACAUUUCUCGUUAAUUUUCAAUUAUCUGUAUUAUUUUCACUCUCAGCGCCAUCCCAGCAGAUAUUACCAGAUUGAAAAAGAGGGUCGUAAGAGAGAGACUGAUGCUGAAACUAUCCUGCAGAAUGGAGGCGACAGCCAAGUGCGCACGCGCAAGAAGCGACGUUCUUUCUCCUAUUUGAUGCUCUGAUGCAAGUUGAUAUAAACCAUAAUGAUCUAAUAACAAAUGCUUUGAAAUAUUAGUUAUGCAGAAAAAUGAAUUAAUUCAAGCUCAAACUAGCUUAAGCAAUAUGAAUAACCUCCGAAAAGAAAGGCAAGAGUUUUAUUUGCAGAAUA